GAUUUCUAUUCCACUUCUCUUGUUUCUCAUAUGCACCCUUUCAGCUGCAACAGUCAACCAUGCCAACUUGACUGGCAAAUUUCGUGAAAAUGGAGCAAUGAAAAGGAAGCUGUUGGAUAAUGGUCUUGGUCAAACUCCUCAGAUGGGAUGGAACAGUUAUAAUCACUUUCCUUGCAAGCUCAGUGAAGAACUAAUUCACCAGAUAGCUGAUGCAAUGGUUUCAACUGGCCUCUCAGCCCUCGGAUACAAGUAUAUUAAUUUGGAUGACUGUUGGGCUGAAUUGAAUAGAGACUCCAAGGGAAAUCUAGUACCAAAAGCUUCAAUUUUUCCCUCUGGUAUGAAGGCUUUAGCAGAUUACGUCCACAGCAAAGGGCUCAAGAUUGGAAUUUAUGCUGAUGCCGGGACAUUGACUUGCAGCAAGACAAUGCCAGGGUCACUAAAUUACGAGGAGCAGGAUGCCAACACUUUUGCUUCUUGGGGAAUUGACUAUCUGAAGUAUGAUAAUUGCCACAAUAAUGGACUGAGCCCACAAGAAAGAUAUUCAAAUAUGAGCAAAGCUCUUCUCAACACAGGCAGACCCAUCUUCUACUCUCUAUGUGAAUGGGGCCAGGACAACCCUGCAACAUGGGCAAGUAGUAUUGGAAACAGUUGGAGAACAACUGGAGACAUUAAAGAUACUUGGGAGAGUAUGACAUCGCGUGCUGACCUUAAUGAUGUGUGGGCAUCUUAUGCUGGACCUGGUGGAUGGAAUGACCCAGACAUGCUUGAAGUAGGCAAUGGAGGAAUGUCAACCGAGGAGUACCGCUCUCACUUUAGCAUCUGGGCUUUAGCAAAGGCCCCACUUCUUAUUGGGUGCGACAUUAGGUCCAUGGAUAAUGAAACGUUCGAGUUGCUAAGCAACAAGGAGGUUAUUGAGGUUAAUCAAGAUAAGCUUGGGGCUCAAGGGAAAAAAGUAAAGAAGACUGGAGAUCUAGAGGUUUGGUCUGGUCCCCUCAGUGACAAUAGGGUGGCAGUGGUCCUGUGGAAUAGAGAAUCUUCUGAGGCAACGAUAAUUGCAGAUUGGAGCGAUAUUGGGCUGAAUUCAUCAGCAGUUGUUGAUGCUCGGGACUUAUGGACGCAUUCAACUAUAUACUCAAUUCGACAUCAACUCAAGGCAACUGUUGAAGCUCAUGCUUGCAAGAUGUAUGCUCUCACACCACAUUAAAAUUUGACUUAAGUCCGUAUGAGAUUACGCUACUAAAGGCUAGAGCGUUUGUUGUUGUAGUUAUGUAAGUUCUCAUUGCUAUAAAAAUAUAUUUUGGCACACCUGCCAUCCUAAUAUUAUCAUGAGAAUUUCCCAUCCAUUCGGUACUUUGUGAUAUGCUACCGUUUUGUACGUACCAACAAAAUUU